CGUUCCAUCCGGUUCCCUCGCCCUCGCGCCCGUCAUGCCGCGUUACUUGAACGCCGCAUAAACAGCUGAGUCCGUCCGGGCGGAACCGGAGCCCUUUUAACCCGUCCUCGUUGCUCUGUGCUGGCUGAAGUGGAGCGGGGCCCCGGCACCGUCCCCGGGUCCACCGAGGACAACAUGCAGGCGUAGCUGGCUGCUCUUUAUGGCUCCAACACCCGAAUGCUCUGAGUUUGAGUCGGGAUGCUUUGUACCAACAUGGAAAACAAACGAGUGGAGAUCCCCUCCGGCGUACUGGACGACCUUUGCAGCCGGUUCAUCCUGCACAUCCCCAGUGAGGAGAGGGACAACGCCAUCCGGGUGUGCUUCCAGAUCGAGCUGGCCCACUGGUUCUACCUGGACUUCUGCAUGCAGAACACCCCAGGAGCCCCUCACUGUGGAAUAAGAGACUUUGCCAAAGCAAUCUUCCACCACUGUCCAUUUCUAUUGCCUCAUGGAGAGGAUGUUCAAAAGAUCCUUGAACAGUGGAAGGAGUACAAGAUGGGCGUUCCUACCUUUGGAGCAAUCAUUCUAGAUGAAGCACUGGAAAACGCACUGCUUGUUCAAGGCUACCUUGCAAAGUCCGGCUGGGGCUUUCCAAAGGGGAAAGUUAACGAGGAUGAAGCUCCUCAUGACUGUGCAGUCCGUGAAGUGUUGGAGGAGACGGGUUUUGACAUCAAGAAUCGAAUCUCUAAAGACCGGUACAUAGAGCAGAAAAUCACUGACCAGCUGGUGCGGCUCUACAUCAUACCGGGAGUGUCAAAGGAUACUAAGUUCAAUCCAAAAACAAGGAAAGAGAUCAGGAACAUUGAAUGGUUUCCAAUUGAGAAGCUGCCCUGUCAUAGGAAUGACAUGACCCCAAAGUCUAAACUCGGACUCGCCCCCAACAGGUUUUUCAUGGCCAUUCCGUUUAUAAGGCCGCUGCGAGAAUGGAUCAGCCGGCUGAAAGGCGAGUCCACAGACAGCGACGAGGACUUUGCAAACAUUGGCGUCACUCCAGGAAAAGCUUCAGACAACACUCGGCAUAAAUUGCGCCGCCUCACAGGUACGGAAGCCUAUCCAGGAGAGGGCGGGGCCAAACCGAAGCAGCAGAAGGCUCUGGAGCAGCUCAACCAGCAUGAGCUCAACCAGAACACAAAUUUGAAACCCAGUGGGAAGAAAUGUCAGGACUCAUCUUAUGGAGCAAACAACCAACAGAAAGAAGAUAAACGACUACAACCCAGAAGACUGCAAGACAGUUUUGAGAGAGAUGUGGGUCCAUGCACCUCAAACGGCCACCAGGCCGCCCACAGCAGAGACUCCGAGGACCUGCUCUUCUCCAAGGCUUUCCUAAAUUUCAAAUUUGACAAAGAUGCCAUCAUGAAAUGUUUUGAGUAAUGACAAGCCCGACAAGGAAGUGAACCUCUUCUGUACAGCAUGACACCAUUGCCUCAGGUGAGGCCGUUGGUGACCCAAACAUGAAAGGAAAAAAAAAUCGGAUGUGGUAUGUCAGUAAAUCAAUGGUAAAUAGAGUUUAUUGUUUACUGAUUUUAAGAUGUAGGCCUAAGUGUUGUUAAAUUCUUCCAAUGCGUCCUAAGAAGUCUGUGGAUGCUCAAAAAUGGCUAUUAAUAGUGUGAUUGACCUUAUGUUUAAUGUGUUGUUCGUUAUUACCAUAAUUACUUCAGAUUUUAUCCAGGAACGUAGUGUAAUGGAAUAUUUACUUGGGGAAUGAGGAACGUUGUCUUUGCUAGUUGAAUGUCAUUAAACUCUUGCUCUGCUGUAUUGACUGGCUGCUAGUAUUCGGAUUGGAUUAAAUCAAAUUGAUUUAAGAAAUUAUUGGUUUAGAUCAGAAAAGUCACUGAAUAAUGGUACAAUUUUUGUAAUGGUAAUAAUAGUUGAAUGAGAAGUGUCUUUGAGUUUAAUAAUAUAUUGUUGCCAUUAUAUCGCCCCUAAAGCAAGUCAACAUUUUUGUAAUGGCACGACUCUCUUUUGCAAAAAGUUUCAUUGUCAAUUUUUAUACAAUUUUACAAUCAUGAACGAACCACAUUUCCCACUAAUUGUUCUUCUUGUGGCAGGGGUGCUACAUGCCACAAUUGCAUUUGACAAUAUGUGAAUAUUUGAUUUUAACAUUUUAAUUUUGUCAUAAGAUGCACCUAAAAGGGUAAUGACCUCUCAGUUUGAUCUAAAUAGUGUAAUUGGAAGGUUUUUAGCAACAGACUUCCAUAGAUGUAUGUUAUAAUCCCAAUUCAAAGCUAUUCUAUCCUGCAGGUUUUACAGGUUUAACUUCCUCGUUUCAUUCCAUUGACCAGAGGUUCACCAUAAAAUCCUUCCUAAUCUACCACGAAGCGUUUAUUCUUAGAAUCAUUUAUGCCCCAAAGUUCUAUCAACCAUUGACAAACAAUUCUUUCAAACACCCACAUUAGGUUCUUUAGAGACCGUUUUCAUAAGUUUUAGAGUUCAGGUGAGUAGUAUUGUUGUGGUUGUCACUGGGGUUUCUGUGCAGUUAAUUACCCAGAUGGUUAUCACAAAUUGUCCUUUUGCUCCAAUGAUGUGUUGAUGUAAAAUGUGAAUAAUAAUAAAGUUGUUUUUUCCAUUUGUGGUAA